AUCGGUUUCCAUCCGCCAUUGCGACUGACGCCAUCGGACUUUGCAGGUAACGCGUAAGGUUAGUUAGUUGAUGUGUACCUAACUAUCGUGUAAAGCUUUUAGGACUUUAGUCAUUAUGCGUCCCGUCGGUGAUUCUAAGGCCGAUCAGGAUAAGAAACUUUUUGUUGGUGGUCUUAGCCCUAAGACUAACGAAGAGUCGCUGCGUUCAUACUAUAGCCAAUGGGGUGAAAUAACUGACGUUGUGGUAAUGAAGGAUCCUCGAUCAAAUAAAUCUCGUGGCUUUGGUUUUGUUACAUUUAAAGAAGCCGCUUCAGUUGACAAAGCCCAGGCCGACCGUCCCCAUAAGCUAGACGGCAAAGAUGUAGACUCUAAGCGCGCGAUGCCUAGAGAGGAAACCAGCCCAGAGGUCCAUGCUGCUGUGAAGAAAAUUUUUGUUGGUGGGCUGAAGAAAGAAGUAACUAACGAUGAUCUCGCGGAAUAUUUCGGCAAAUUCGGAAAUGUCACGGACGCCCAGAUUGUUAUCGCUAAGGACACUAAUACAUCACGAGGCUUUGCUUUCGUGACAUUUGAUGACACUGAUAGUGUUGAUAAAAUUAUCCUUGCUCGGCCCCACACAAUCUGUGGCCACAAGGCAGAUGUUCGUAAAGCUCUUAGUCGUGAAGAAAUGAAUAAAGUUCGUUCCAAACCCCCACCGGCUCGUGUGGAGUACAACCAAGGAUGGAAUGACGCUCCGAGCAUGGGCUAUCAGCAGCAAUCCUGGGAUCAGGGUUACAACCCUCCCUAUGGUCAACACCAGCAGCAGUAUGCUUACAAUAAUACUGGAUACGGUUACAGUGGUUAUGACAAUAACAGUGCUGGUGCUUGGCCUGGUAUGUCCGAUGGCUUUGGAAACUAUCAGCAACAAGCAUAUGGUGGUGGUCCCAUGAGAGCUACUCCUGCAGCGGCUCAGUACACGCGGCCUGCACCUUACGCUGGCAAUGGCUGGCCUCAACGUUAAUCACAGGUUUUCUUCACGCCCACCAAUAAGCGACGUUGAACUGUGCAUAGUGCAUUUGACACAUUUUUAUCGUGACCUUGCUGUAAAAUACACCGUUACACCGUUAACACUUUUUGUUACUCGCCAAUUACUUUCACUAGGCAUUUGUGUUAUCCCGUGGCUGAGGUGUCUAUGUUUUGGUUGCCACAGGUACACUAACCUCACUCCGGACCGCAGUUUCAACCAUGUGAUCGACCCUCUAGAGUGUCGAUGAAGUUCGUCUGUAGGGCUUUCGACGAAACGGAGCUGUCUCCAUGUGAUUGGAAAUCGCACUGCAACAUGCGUCUGCUAUCAUGGAACUCUUCAGUUGGUUACAUAUCCGGUAUAAUUGUUUCCGCAUUCUAUGGGAGCCUGGUUUUCAUGUGUUCGAUCUCUGUCAAAUAAAUAUUUCCAGCGC